AUGUCAAAAAUGAGAAAAUUUUUCGGCACUACCCUUUUUGUAUUCUUCGUGAAUUUAUACAUUCACCAGAAUAAUGUUGUGAGCAACGAAAUUGUUAAUUUUAAAAAUCCCAACUUGAGGAACGGAUGGACAGAUAAAAAUAUCAUCCUUCAGGGUGAAGAAAACGAAGAAAACCCAAAGCAAGAACAGCCAACUGCACGAAUAAAUGAAACACAUGUAACAAAGAAAAAUAAGCAAGCUAAGAGAGCUGAGGAUGCAAAACAAGCAGCUGAAGCAGCACAGAAGGAAGCAGAAGAUGAAUUUAAAAAAAUAGUAGAUGUAGCAGAAAAAGUAGGAUCAGAAGAAAAAAUUAAAGAGGCCGUGGAAAAAUUAAAAAAAGUAGCAGAAGAUGCGAAGGGAAAAGCAACAGAUAAGACAAAGAAGGUACAAGAAGAAGCAAAAAAAGCAACAGAUGCAGGUACACCUGCUAUGGCUAGUUUCUACGCAGAUAAUGCUGACAACGCAAAAGUUGAGGCAAUGAAAGAAGCCGAUAAGGUUAAGAAGGUAUCCGAAAUAGCGCAGCAUGUUGCAAAUGCAUAUGAAGCGAAGAAGGAGGCAGAAAAAGCAAAAGAAGAAGCAGAAAACGCUGUCCAAGAAAUACAAAAGGCUAAGAAAGAAGCAGAUAUCGCAAAAAAUGCGGCAACAAAAUUAAUGGAAGAAUCUAAAAAGAAAGAAACAGAAGAAGAAACGAAAAGGUUGGAAACAGCGAAGAAGAAUGUAGAACAAGCAUUACAAAAGAUAGAGGAAGAACUGAAAAAUGCAGAAGAAAAUAAAACUAAAGCAACUGAAGCAACUAAAACUGUAACUGAAGCUGCAAUUAAAGCUGUAACGGAAGGUGUAACCGAUGAUACAAUAAAGGCUGUAACCGAAGCUACGACUGAAGCUGGAAACAAUGAACAGAAUGCAGCAAUAGACGCAACAAAAGUAAGUAGUAUAGCAGAAGACUCUAAAAAAGCAGUAGAAGCAGCGAAAGAAGCCACCAAAGCAAAAGGAGAAGCAGAAAUACAAGCAGGAAUAGCAAAAAUUAUAGUGGCAUUGGAAGAAGCAAAAAUAGCAGCAAAGGAAGCUGCAUUAGCAAAAAAUCUGGCAGAUGAAUUAGCAAGAAUGGCAACAUCAGCCAACGUACCUAAGGAAGAAGCAACAGAAAAGGCAACACAAGCAAAUAAAAAGGCACAAGAAAUAGAAGCUUUAUUAGAAGAAAUAAAAAAAAUCGAAUCAGAAGAAAAAAGAUUAGAAAAAGUGAAUGAAGCUAAGGAAAAAGUGCAGAAAGCAACCGAAGCAAAAAACGUAGUGGAAAAAGCAAAAGUAGAAGCAGAAAUAGCCGUAUCAGUUGCACGGGUACAUGUUGCGAAACAGGAAGCAACGAGGUUAGCAGAGGUAGCUGAUGAAGAGAAAAACAAAGCAAAAGAGGCAGCAGAAGCGGCUGAAAAUGCAAAAAAGGAAGCAGAAAAAGUAUCUGAAAAAUUAAAAAAUGUACCUGAAGUAACGGAGGCUGUAAAAUCAGCAAAAGAAGAAGCAGAAAAUGCGAAAAAGGAAGAAGAACAAGCUGAAAUGGAAUCAAUCGAUGCUGCACAGGAAGAAUACACAUUGCAAUAUCCAUUAUUAAUGGUAACGGAAGCAGCCAAUGAAGCCAAAGCAGCAGAAGGAGAAGAUAUAAAGACUACAUUGGAAAAUGCACAGAAAAAAGCAUUACAAGCGUUGGAACAAGCAAACCAUAAGGCACAGGAAACAUUUAAAUUAACGCAGAAAGCAAUAGACGCUUCUAAGAAGGCACAGAAAGCAGCAGAGGUAGCAAAAGCAGAAGCAGCAAAAGCUCAAGCAUAUGAAGCAUUAGAAGAUGUAAAAAAAGAGGAACAAAAAAUGAAACAAUUAGCUGUAAAGGAAGAGAAAUCCCAUGUAUCAGAAUUAGAGAAAAAAGCAGCUGAAGGAGCUGGAAAAGUAGCAGAAGGUGAAGUGGAGAAAGUAAAAGUCGAAGCAGAAAAAGCAAAUACUGCAGCAGAUAAGGCAAAAAAAGCCACUACGUUGGAGGAAGCGAAGGCAGAAGCAAUAAAAGCAAUAGAUGCUUCUGAAAAAGCACAAAAUGGAGCAAAAAUAUCUCUACAGAAAAUUGAAUUCGAAUACCUAAAACUGAUGAAUCAAGACGUAUUAGAACCUUUGGAGAUACCUACAGAGGAAAUGCAUAACUUAAUAGAUAAGAAUGAAGAGGUGGAAGAUGAAGUCGAAGAUACGGAAAGUAAAGAAGACGAUCCUGAAGAAGAAAAAGAAGUUGAUGAUGAAGAAGAGGCAGAAGCAGGUGAUAUGGAAGAUAAAGAAUUAGAGGAAGAAGAAGAAGAGGAAGAAGAGGAGGAGGAUGAUGAAGAAGAAGCUGUUGAGGAGGAAGAGGAGGUAAAAGAGAAAGAAGUAGCAAAUCCUACAGAGACGCACGAUGGAGAGCAAGAAGAAGCAAAAGAAGGAGAAGAAAAUGGAGAGCACCCUUCCCCUAGUAAUACUACGUCGGAAUCACAGAAUACAAAUGUGCAAUCCCCAGAGCAGGUUGUCAAACCAUUAAGUGAUAGCAAAGCCCAAGCGCUCCUCACUGACACAAGUAAGGAUCUUGUGGACUUAAAAAAAAAAGUAGAUCAAAUAACAAAAAAUAUAAUGAACACACUUGACGGGGACACUGCAGUCCUAGACACGCUCAAGGAUUUCGCAAAAGAUUUAAAUCAGUUUAUUCUGACAUGGUAA